CACAAUUAGUCCAAAAGUGGUCACUUUUUCGGGCUCAUUUCUCAUUCAUCCAGACAACGAGGAAGGUUUAAGACUUGUUCAAUUUCACUUUGGUUUGGUGUUGGGACAGAUAUUUUUUGUUAGAUUUGUGUAAUUUUUGUACUUUAAAAUUGAAAAUAGUAGAAAUUUUUGGGACUCAUUUGCCACAAAUUUGUGUAACGAGGAAGGUUUUACGACUUAUUAAAUUUCAGUUUGGUGUGGUGUUGGGACAGUUUUUUUCUACAUUUUUUGAAUUUUGAAGUUUAAAAAUCGAAAAAUUUGAAUUUUUUAAAAUACACUUUUUGUGUGGUAGGAAAUAAAUAAAGAAGUGAAAGUGUGUUGAUAAAGUAAAAUUUGGGAAAAAAUGGAUCAGCAAAAGUCGAAAAAUUCGUUAAAAUCGUGUCCGAUAAAAGUGGGAGGAGAUAUUUUUAACCCGAUUCAUCCUCCGAUAAUUAAACGGAGAAGAAAUUUGAGAACGCCAAAAUGUGCGAGAUGUCGGAAUCACGGGGUAAUUUCGUGUCUUCGAGGCCAUAAAAAAAUGUGCAGAUGGAAAGAGUGUCCUUGCGAUAUGUGCGAAUUAGUGGCUGAGCGACAACGAAUCAUGGCAGCGCAAGUAGCGCUGAGAAGGCACCAACUCUCCCAAAAAUCGAAGCAUCCUUCCUCCUCCGAAAUGACCAUCCCUGAUUCCUCCUCCGACCACAUCGUCACCAAAACGACCCCCACGACCCCCACCAAGAAAAACCCCCCUCACAAACUGACCCCCAGAAUCCCAAAAUCGUGCCAUGCCCAUCACGACACUCCUCCGACGCCCUCCUCCCUUCCCCCCACCCCCUCAUCGCCCCUCUCCUUCUGGGCGAAUCAGAGACUCCGGCGCAGAAAAACGUUUGCGGAACCGGAACUGUUAAAAAGCCAGUUUAACAACCCGACCACGACGGCACGGGAGGAGGAAAAUAUGUUCAAUUUUAGUCGUCACUUAUCAGACCCGUUUCUCCCCCCAGAAUAUUUUGGGAGUUAUUGUUCCUACUAUUACUACUCACUUUUAGCGUAUUCGUCCCUCCUCGCGACGACGUGUCCAGUCCCCCCUCCAUCGUCGUCCCCCGUGGAAAGGAGAGAUAAUCAUAGUGAGGACGAAAUUGGUGGGGGUGUCGACCUUGACAUGCAAAUUAGUUCGACAGGUCAUGAUUUAGAGGAGGACGAGGAGACGACAAUUAUUUCGUCAAAUAAGAAGAGAAAGUCGUCGUCGUUAUUUUCCUUCUCGGUGGAAUCGAUAUUAAGCUAAAAUAAAUUAAAAUUUGUAGAUAUAUUUGUAACAAUAAAAUUUGUACAAGUACUUAAAAAAGCUAAAAUAAAAUUUAUCAUAAUAAAAUUUCUGGAUGUUUGUAACAAUAAAAUUUGUUCCUGCUAUUUAUUGCUACUCGCUCUUGGCGUAUUCGUCCCUCCUCGCGAAGACGGCCCCCCCUUCGUCCCCCGUGGAAAGGAGAGAUAAUAAUAGUGACGACGAAAUUGGUGGGGGUGGGGGUGUCGACCUUGACAUGCAAAUUAGUUCGACGGGUGGUCAUGAUUUAGAAGAGGAUGACGAGACGACCCUUAUUUCACCAAAGAAGAGACAAUCAUUAUUUUCCUUCUCGGUGGAAUCGAUAUUAAGCUAGAA